UGUUGCCCCUUCUCACUGCACUGAUCAGAACCGGUGGCGGUCAGUUUACGUGCAACCCAUAUGCGGUGAGCGCAUUGCUAUGCAACGUACAAGAAUACUCCCACCUCUGUCAGGCCAAUCAUUCGACGCUCACCGCCUCUGUCGGGGUGCGACACGGAUGGAACCACCACCAUUGCUCGGGACGAGAGCCACGUCUGUAAGACAUGCCCGGGCCCGACGUCGGUGCGCACUCCAGACGCCCCCGCGCCUCCCCUGCAACGUUAGACCCAGUCAGACAGGAACUCUGAUGCGUAGCACGUAAACCCAUGCGCUUCGCCCCUUCCUCUUUUCCGGUCUCAACAGGCGCAGCCGGCCAGGGCCUCCGGACGGAUCUUGGGCGCGAGUCAUCUACUCACCAGUGUCCUG